ACCACCCAUUCCAGAAACGAGGACGCCUCCAGCUCCUCCACCAUCCGCCGUGCCUUCUCAACCAAGAAGAACUUCGACGGAUAUCUCCUCUCCAUUGACCUACAAUAACACCGGUAGCUCUUUUGGGUCUAUCAGAAGAAGCUCCACCGAUAUAUCAAGAGGAAGAAAGGACAGCACCCAAGCGGAGUCGGUGUUUGAUAAGCUUGAGGUGGAAAUUGCCAAUAUCAACAGUGCUUCAAGUUGGUGGCUCAAAGGCUUGUUGCCUGAAUUUUUGGCGGCCAGAAUCGGUAGUGAUUUGAUCUAUGAGGUUGAUUCCAACACUAUAGAGAAAAGAGGCAAUAGAACCAAGGUUUAUAAGGACUACUACAUUUUGUUCUACGAUUUAAGUUCAAUAACAUUUGAGUUGGAAUACGAAUUAGAAGACCCCAGAACCAGUGUCAAGUUCACCAAUUAUUUCACAAAAGGCAUACCUAUCAUCCGCAAAGACUUGUUGGAUAAAUACUAUAAGACGUAUGGGUCGGCAAUAUUGAACUCAGUCAGUGCCAAUAGUGGUGUAGGUACCAAGAGCAUCAUAGACCACAUAUUCAAGCAUCUCGACAAGAGUGCGUUGCCUCCCAUCGGAAACAAAUCGUUUGGGGUGACCGUCUACAGAAGCUCAAACAACCACAGCAUUUCCAAGGUUGACGAUGUCAGACCUGGUGAUAUUCUAUGUAUCAAGAACGGUAAGUUUUUGGUACACAAAGGCUUGGGCAGCAAAACUGUUAUUGUGGGAGAUGAACAGAUUUUUGCCAGCGUGAUCUAUGAGUAUGACAGCAAAAAGGACAAGUUCAAAGUGGUUGAAGUGUCCAAUGGCCAGUUGAAGAGGGAAACUUACAAGAUGAGUGAGAUGAAGAGCGGGCAAGUCCGGGUAUUUAGAGUUGUGGGCAGGGACUACGUUGACUGGUGAGUCUAAUAAGGGUCUGUUGCUCAGUUAUAUAUGCACUGUAUUUUGUUCUGGAUUUAUUUAUGGGUUUUGCACCCAAGAAACUCUUUUUUUUACCGGUGAGUUUAAGGUCAAAUCCGCAAAUUUCAUACAUUUGUAAGCUGCUCCAAACCCUAAAAAUCAUCGCGCUUCUUUAUCUAACAUGGACCCCAUGCGCCACUGCAUAUCGAAGAACCGGAACGCAAAUAUGUAGAACUUCUGUUGCCCCGACCGGGCCGUCUCCGCUGUUACACCAAAGACCGUGCCACCAUCCCGCACCUGCCCCGCGAAGAAUAUUCCCGGGAAAUCAGUUAACCGAGACACGCCCGGGCCAAACAACUACCGGAAACGAUAAAUGCUAGAAUUAUCAACUCAAGACACCUACCUCCAAUCCCACCAACCCACUGGAUAGCCCAUCCCUUGAUAUGGGCCUAUCAUAGCUCCGAACCCUCCGUGCCAC